AUGGAUCGAAAUCAGUCAAGCAUUACAACAUUCAUCCUCUUGGGAUUUGGUAAUCGCUUUGAAGUACGGGUUUCCUUUUUUAUACUAUUUCUAGUCAUCUACACUUUGUCCAUAGGUGGAAACCUCUUCAUUGUUUUCCUGGUAAUGCUUGACCGGCAUCUUCAUACCCCUAUGUAUUUUUUCCUUGCGAACCUGUCCUGUUUGGAGACCUGCUACAUUUCAACCAUUUUACCUAAAAUGUUGGCUAGUUUCUUGACUGGGGACAGAGGCAUAUCCAUUGAAGGAUGCAUUACACAGUACUAUUUCUUUGGCUUCUUUGCAGCUACUGAAUGCUACCUUUUGGCAGUAAUGUCUUAUGAUCGCUACCUGGCCAUAUGCAAACCACUGCAUUAUGCAUCUCUUAUGAAUGGUAGACACUGCCUUCAGUUGGCAUUCACAUCUUGGAUGAGCGGCUUCUUGACCAACACUAUAAUUACAGCUUGUAUGCUAGAACUUGCAUUCUGUGGGCCCAAAGAAAUUGACCAUUUCUUUUGUGAUAUAUACCCAGUGGUGAACUUGUCCUGCAGCAAUAACUACUUAGUAAAACUUGUAACUUUAAUUCUGGGCCUCAUGGGAACAGGACCACCUUUUCUCCUAACUUUGUCCUCCUAUGUCUGCAUUCUCUGUGUCAUCUUGAGAUUUGAAUCUAAAUCUGCUCAACGGAAGACCUUCUCUAUUUGUUCAUCCCAUCUUAUUGUUGUGACACUCUACUACGGAUUAAUAUUUCUUAUUUACAUAGUCCCUGAGACAGAAACACUGAAAGAACUUCGCAAGAUAUUCUCUCUUUUCUACACUGUCCUGACUCCUGUUCUCAAUCCUCUCAUAUACAGUUUGAGAAACAGAGCAGUGAAGAAUGCUUUCUUCAGGUGUGUCAGGAAAUACAGCAAUAGAGUUUCAUAG